AUGAAGAUACAACUACUCAAUAAAAUCUUAGAGCACAUACUACUGUUGUACCGGCGAAUGAAGUACACUUGUAGAAAUCUCACGGUACACGGCCCCAGUUACCUCGUCCGUAAAGAUGUUCACAUCGUCUACAGAAUAAUAUACUUCAUCAUAUAUGUGCACGUGUGGAUCAUAGCCGUCGCUACAAUACGCAAGUACUACGAUCAUUAUCAAGAAAACACCAUACGCUUCACGACGCGCACUGAUUACCUCGAUUGGAAUACGACAUUUGCCUCGGUUACCGUUUGCGAGAUUGCAAACAUUGAAAAAAUAUGGACACUUAGCAAGCUAUUUGAUAUGCAAGAUGGAGAUAUGUACGAUCGAUUCCUUGCCGAAAUUAUAUUCUUCAGCGGUACAUGCUUCAGUUGUAAGUCGUCGUGCUUAAAUACAACUUCAUGUUCACGUGAUUAUUCCGAAAUAGUGUCAAAAUUCCGCACGCCCUGCAAACACCUCUUUAAAUCAUGUAAAUGGAACGGCCGAGAUAUUAACUGCUGUAAGCAUUUCAAACCUCUUCAAACGGAAUACGGGACAUGCUAUUCAAUUAACAACAAGCACGUUGGCGGAAAUCACAAAAUGUUUUUCACGUCCGCCCUAACAAAAAACCCAGAGGCGGGAGUUCUCGAAAUAACUUUAUCACAAGAUUACGAGUCAUUCAUCCAUUCACCUGAGGACAUACCCUUUUGGAAUAUGGAAUAUGAUCGUAGAAUAACGACGCUAUAUGGAGCCGAAGCCACUGUGAGGUUUUCAAUUAUGGAUGUGGUGAAUGAGCCGGAAGUACCUUUGAUCGCUCUUGAGGUACGUCAAUGUAGAUUCCCUGACGAGGUCCCAGCGAGCUACAUAGCUUUCAAGCAAUACAGCUAUUCUGUGUGUAUUAUUCAAUGUCGAAUUGAAGCCCAGCUGAAGCUGUGUAACUGUACACAUCACUUAUCUCCGGUCCAAUACAAAGAUCGAUACUGCGGCUUGGAGGGAUUAAAGUGUUUAACGAAACACUACCAAACGCUGAGGAAGCUGCAAGUUCCGGGCACGAACGAAACGGGUUUGAACUGUGAUUGUUUGCCUUCAUGCACGGAGCCGGAUUAUAACGUGGUGUCGAAGAAGUUGCUGGAGCCUGAAAAGGAGUUAAAAGUUAAGCCUGCCCGGUUUAUAUUGAAUAAUAGACCUUACCAACGAGUCACUCGGCAGGUUGCGCGCACCACUCUGGACUUGGUUGUUGCUAUAGGCAAUUGUUUUGGCCUUUGUUUUGGGGGUUCAUUGCUUUCGAUCGUUGAAAUAAUUUACUAUUUAUGCUUUAAACGCUGGAAGUUUGCGUAG